CAGGCGGAAAUGAAGUGUUUGUUGUUGUAGCUCUGCUAAACUGUAGUUUUUCUUAUUUUUCUGUUUAGUUUUUACUUGGAACGUUAUUGUGAUUUUUACAUAUAUAAAUAAUUGAAUAAAGGGGAAAUGAAAAGCCCUCUUUUUGCCGAGGAGUUUUGAAUUCUGUUAAAUACUGGUACGUGAGACUCGACUGGAGUAUUUCAACAUACCAAACUGGAAAAGAAAUUUGUCCUUCAACAUGGCAUAUCAUCAUGAUCGAAGCUCCAUCAGAGAGGCAUAUGAAGAGCGCUUUUCACCUGUAGAUGCAAGAGAGGUAUAUUGGGUGGUGACAGUUCAUCGGGUCGUAAAUAUUGUGGAGAAGAGGAACCCCACGUCAUGGCAGGGGCCAGAAUAUGAGAGAGGAUAUGAUGGUGACCCGUACUACGGUGAACCUAGAUAUCAAUCAAAUGCCAGAGGAUAUUACGCAGAAGACUAUUUUCAGCCUAAUGAUGGCCAGUACUUUGACGAAAAUCCCGACUAUGACAGUUUUCGCCGAAAUUCCCCACCAAAUCGAAAUGAAGGCUCAUACUCUCAAAAGUAUUAUGGUCAAGAUGAUCUGAGGAAUCAUUUAAGUUCAAGAAAUCACAGCUGGAGCCGGCCACUUCCUGCUCAGAUAAACAGGAACAGAGGCCAUCCUGUCCGAAAGAAGAGUCGAGGUUCAGGCCCUUCAAGGGAGAACCGUGAAGACUACACAACCUCGAAGUCUUUAAGGAUCACACGGGACCGUUCUCCUUCAACAAGGGAAGCCCAGACACCACCUAGUUCUAGGUCAAACUCCAGCAACAGGAGUUUUUCUCCAGACAAAGACAAAAGCUACACCUACCAGCAGCAGCAGAAGCAUUCCACAGAAAAGACCAACAUAGUGAAGAACCAAACUCCUAGCAGCUCUGCUGAAGGCUCUCCUCAUAGUUCAAUACCUUCACAGGAAAAACCGCCCGCCUCUUCAGUGGAGUCAGAGGAGGCUGCGGCUGCCAGCUUGGAGCCAAAACCGACACCAGAGGAGGCCAGAAAUGCACGCCGAUGCAAGGCCAUUAAUGAUAAAGUUCUGGAAAUUCAGAAGCACUACAGCCAAGACUGUGAGACAUUUCGCACCGUGGUGAAGAUCCUGGUAGACAAGGAGCCCAGUCUGGAAGGUCUGCUAAAGGCACCGCUGGAUAAGAGUCUGUUGGAGAUGAAACAGCGCUGCCUCGAUUCCCUGAGGAGUUUUGUGGCCGAACUGGAUGAGAUAUUAGAACCUCCACACAACUCAGAAUAAGCCCUGUAUCUCGAAUCACAAGUGAGAUUGUGGACUAAUGAUGCUUCCAACAAAUGUAGAAAUUUGUGGACUGAAGAAUUGACCUCCUUUAUUCAAGGAUUUUAUUUUAUUUUUUACAUUUUUAUGUUGCUUUUAGUCAAAUAACUGAUCUAAAAACGUAUCACUUGUGUAUUAAGCAGAGUGAUGUAUUGAAACUAGACUAGUUUUAUUAAUUGAUUAAAAUAAAUGUGUUGGUACCUGUAGUAUUGACAAAAAUUUUAAAUGAGAUGUUUAAAUCAAUUCACAAUGUCAUAAACACUCUUGAUAUUAAAAUUCCUUCUAACCAGGGUUUGGACAGAAAACACAAGUAAAUCAUGGACCUUGACUUUUCUGUUAGUUUAACUCAAAAUUUUAUUUUUCUUUGACCGUAAAUAGACUCAGCAGCCUUCUUCAAUGAACAGGCAAAUAAUCCACCCUGGAUAUUUUGCAAGUAAAAUGCUGUUUGUACAAAAACAUUAUUUCCAAGUUUAUCCUUUUUUUGUCUUAUUUUGUACUGGAACUGUGCUGCUUGUAGUUUAUGCUUUAUACUUAUUUUAUUUCAAAAUAAAAAAUGAGACAUCAAAAAA